AUGGGUGUAGCCAAUGGUACACGAGUCGAGAAGCUACCACCAAACAUCAACCAGUACACGGACAGUGAUCUUAAUUUAUUAGCGGAUGACCACAUUGCCAGAGAAAUGAGUCAAAAAGUGAGAGUGUUAAUCUGGGUGAUGACGUCUCCCAGCUCGCUGAAGAUAAAAGCUCAAGCUAUCAAAGAAACCUGGGGCAAGCGAUGCAACAUUAUUAUUUAUUUCAGCUCCAAAACAGAUCCAACUUUUCCUACUGUUGGCAUUGAUGUGCCAGAGGGAAGAGACCAUCUAACUGGAAAAACUAUGGCAGCUUUUAGGUAUAUUUAUGAAAACCACUUCCAUGAAGCGGAUUGGUUCAUGAAGGCAGAUGAUGACACUUACGUCAUUGUUGAGAACCUUCGCUACUUCCUCUCCAAAAAAGACAAGACUGAGCCUAUAUUUUUUGGGCACUUGUUCAAAGUUAAUGUCCAACAAGGCUACUACAGUGGUGGUAGUGGCUACGUCGUCAGCAAAGAAGCUCUCCAUCGAUUUGGAACUAAAGCAGUCAAUUCGAGCAUUUGCAGAGGGGAUGGAGGAGAUGAGGAUGUUGAAUUUGGACUGUGCAUGGAAAGAUUAGGUGUUAAAACAUCCUUAUCAUUGGAUGAAAUGGGAAGGAGUCUCUUCCAUUCUAUGCAUCCACAAAUCCAUCUUUUAGGCAACUAUCCAGCUUGGCACUACAGAUACACUAAAGGCAUUGUGCAGAAGGGAUUUGGCGUCAGCAGGUAUGCAGUAAGCUUUCAUUAUGUGCCACCAGAUGAUAUGAGGACUCUGGAUUACUACCUUUACCACAUUCGACCGUACGGGAUUCAUUCUACUGUGAGAACUUGUAAUGAGACACAAUCUCCAAAUCAUUUAUGA